AUGGUCGCCACUGUGCAGAAGCCCGUGCUCGCGUUCAAGUGGUGUGUCGCGUCCCUCUCGGCCUCGACCAACUCGCAGCACUCGCGCUUUGCCCGGGCGACGUCCCCACGCACGCAGGGCAGUUUAGGCCCGGACCUCAAGCUCCCGUUCAUCGCGGACUGCAACAUGUCCAUCUCGCGCGUGGCGGCGUCUGUGGGGCGUGGGUUCUUCAUCGUCGACCCCAAGGGCAUUCCCAGGUGCGCCACUCACGAUCAACGACCUCCCCUCUGCAACUAG